CCCAAGAUGGCGGCCGUUCUGUGGACUGCUGCCGUGGCGGUCGCAGUUUCUGUCACGAUCUGGGCGAUUCUAGCCUUCGCCCGCUGGUGGAAACUCUGGAAAAUCAUCAACAAGAUUCCAGGACCUCCUGCCUAUCCUCUGGUGGGAAAUGCUCUGCAAUUCAAGCCGGGAGCCGUCGAUUUCUUUCACCAGGCGUCGUACGUGAUAAUCGCUCCCUGGCAGCGAGUUUCUCCCCUCACGCGACUCUGGCUUGGCGUGACGCCGGUCGCCAUCACCUGCAGCCCCGAAACUGCGGAGGUGCUCUUCAGUUCCUCCAAACACAUAGAGAAGUCGUUUGUGUACGAGUUCCUCCACCCAUGGCUCGGAACCGGACUCUUAACCAGUGCUGGAGACAAGUGGAAGACGCGCCGUCGUCUCAUCACGCCGACUUUCCACUUCAAGAUCCUGAACGACUUUCUCCACGAGUUCCAUGACCAGUCAGAGGUGAUGGUACGUAAGCUGGAGGAGGUGGCUGACACUGGGGAGGAGUUUGACAUCUUCCCCUUCAUCACUCUGUGUGCUCUGGACAUCAUCUGUGGUACUGCUAUGGGCAAAUCCCUCAAUGCCCAGGAGAACACAGACUCCGAUUAUGUCAGGGCCAUCUACAGGAUCAGUGACUUGAUCCAGGUGCGUCAGAAGUCUCCCUGGUACUGGUCUGACCCCAUCUACAAGAGCCUCGGGCCCGGUCGGGAGUUCGAGGAAACUCUACAGAUACUUCACGACUUCACUCGCUCGGUCAUCAAGGAGCGCAGCGAGCAGUUUCAGAAGCAGCUGGAGAGCCAAUCACAGGACGACCUCGACAUUGUGGAGGACCCGGACAAGCCCAUUGCGAUCGGGGGGAGGAAGCGUUUGGCUUUCCUGGACAUGCUGCUUUACGCGUCCGUCGGGGAGACCAAACUCAGCAACGAGGACAUUCAGGAAGAAGUGGACACUUUCAUGUUCGAGGGCCAUGACACCACGGCCGCGGCUGCCAACUGGGCAGUUUUCCUGAUCGGCUCCCAUCCUGAUGUGCAGAAGAAGGUUCACGACGAAAUGGACCGGGUUCUGAGUGACCCUGACCAGAAGCCCACCAUGGACGACCUUCGUGAAAUGAAGUACCUGGAGUGUUGCAUCAAGGAAGCGCUGCGCCUGUACCCAUCUGUGCCGUUCUUUGCCAGGACCCUGUCUGAGGACUGUGUCAUCGGUGGCUACGAAGUACCGAAGGGAGUGACCGCCAUCGUCCCCACCUACAACGUGCACCGUGACCCCAACCACUGGCCAGACCCCGAGAAGUUUGACCCGGAGCGGUUCUUCCCCGAGAACGCAGCCGGACGCCACCCCUACGCCUACAUACCCUUCUCAGCUGGAUCUCGCAACUGCAUCGGCCAGAGGUUUGCCCUGAUGGAAGAGAAGACCAUCCUGGCGUCCAUUUUCCGCCGGUUCCGCAUACAGACCAUGCAGCAGCGCGACGACCUCAAACCGCUGGGCGAGCUCAUCCUGCGACCCGAGAGCGGGGUCAGGGUCAAACUCUUCCGCAGGGAGUGAGGGGUGAAGGGUCGAAGGUCAAGGACCAAAGUUCAGCAGAAAUGCUGUGGUCAAAUAUGAAACUUUGUUGACAUAACAAAAGUACAUUGACUUUCAUUAUGAAAUAAAGACUAAGCUUUAACUUCCAACACUUAGAUACAGAAUUGGGACUUAGAUCAAGUUCCAAGAGUAGAUGGGUCCAUUCCGUGAACAAGGUUGAUGGAGUCAACCGAAAAUUUGGGGUAAGUCCCAAUUCUGUAUCUAAGUGUUGGAAGUUAAAGCUUAGUCUUUAUUUCAUAAUGAUUUGUACCAGCACAGAUGAACUUUCAUGCUACAUUGACUUUAGUAAGAUCCUUCGCUACAUGUAAACAUACAGACAGAAUCGUGGGUACAACAAAAUUGACCUACAUACAAAACCAUAGAUGAAUCAACUUACACUACUACUUGAUCUAAAUAUUCUUUGAUAUUCACAUACAGAAAGCGAUCAUAUAAUAGUACCAUCAGCGAAUGGUUGCAGAAAGAUUGGAAUGGCUCUUUCAGUUUGGAUGGAUUUUUUUUGGCUUUGUUUUGAUCUUUAGUUAGAAUUAUUUUCUUUUUGCCUUGGUGAAUGUAAAAGCACAUGAAAAACAUGGUGUAUCAUCAUGUUCAAAAUUAUGUGCCAGUAACAUUAUGGAAAUGUUACAUUAUUGAAUGUGAAAGCUAGAAGUGAUGUUGACAGUGUUUAAAAAUCAAGUGGAUGUAAAUAAUUGUAUACUAGUAGUUGCUGCUUGGGUGUUGACAGCCACAGCACAAGUAUGGCUAGUAAUCUACAAUCAUGUAAAUCUUAAAGCACCCAGUAUGAUGAUAAUGUGGUCUGGCUGUGAAGAAAGGACUUAAAAAAGGCUCAUAAUUAUUACAAUCAAGUAGCAACAAAAAAGCUUGCUUUGGCAAAUUGCUUUAAAUGCUAUUAAUAUGUUGAUGUAUUUUCAUUGUUCUGCAUUGUAUUAUUACAAUGAACAUUCAGUCACUCUUUAAAGUGCUUUAGAAAAUAACAUGUAGCUGGGUACAAUUGGGUGGAAAAUAAAAAGGUUUGAUUGUCUGGCUACUGUAAGGCAAAAUAUGAACUGACCAGUACUUUUCUUGUUACAGCACUACACUCAGUAACAGUCAGUGUG